GUAAAUACUUGGGAAGAGGUUUUUGAAGGAAGCUUUUGCAAUGGAGACUAUGUGUCCUACAGAUCAAAACUGCUCCAAAUGGGCCAAAAAAUAUAUGGAUUAUUGUCUUUGCAGCACAAAAGAUGGAGUUUCUUUGGCAUUGGGUCUAUUAAGUGUGAUGGCCUGGACUGUGGCUGAGAUACCUCAGAUCAUCACCAAUUACAAGCAGAAGUCUACCCAUGGACUCUCUAUCUUGUUUCUAUUGACAUGGGUACUUGGAGAUUUUCUCAACCUUUUUGGCUGCACACUUGAACCAGCUACUCUUCCGACACAAUACUACCUGGCAGUGUUAUAUACAGUAACGACCCUGAUUCUUGCUGCACAAGCCAUAUACUAUGGCCAUAUUUAUCAUGGAUUGAAAUGCAAGAGACAAACACUUGAGGUUAUCCAAGCUGGAGAUGUCGAAGAAAAGGAUCAUAGAUAUGGAAUUGAUAAUAAACAAGGUGACAAUGAAGAGAGAUUGGGAAAUCCUUUGAGCUCGCCUAUUCCUCUUCCAGCCAUUUCUCAUGAUAGUUCCCCUGAAGAUCUGUAUUACAUGUCAGCAAGAUCUCUUCAGAUUAGUCAUACCCCUACUGUAGGAUCUUUCCCACCUCAGAAAACUCCUGAUGCUGAACAUCAUGGUGCCAGUGAGCCAUUGCUUGGUCAAGCUAGGUCAACACAAUCCGCACCUCCUGCAAAGACCAAAACCAUGUUGUGCGUGGUUUCCUUAAUGACAUUCUUCAUUGGCGGUCUCAACCUGCAACAAGCAGAAACCAGUAGACAUAACAUGAUUUUUCUAAAUUCAACAAGUGGUGUAGUGUUCCAAGUAGGAAGACAACUUUUACAGGUAACUGGGGAUUUUGAACAAGAAACUUCAGUUUCAAAGAGAAGAGAGAUUGGAUCAAUCCUUGGUUGGGGAAUGGCAGCUAUAUACUUGGGCGGACGUCUUCCCCAGAUUUGCCUAAAUAUUAGAAGGGGAAACGCAGAGGGGUUGAAUCCACUAAUGUUCAUCUUUGCUAUUGUUGGCAAUGCUACAUAUCUUGCAAGUAUAAUAGUUAGCAGCUUAAAGUGGUCGAAGAUAAGACCGAAUCUGCCAUGGCUGGUGGAUUCUGGAGGGUGUGUGCUCCUUGAUACUUUUAUAAUGAUUCAAUUUAUCUAUUACCGCUAUCGGUCAUCCAGAGAUGUUGAGAAGAAAUAUAGCUCAAGUGGCUCUUAGACAAUGAUAAACAACAAGCAGAGUGGUAUAAUCAUUCUGUUGGAGGCUCGAGUCCGAAGGUCAGAGAUGUUCACAUCCAUGAAUGCAGAUGACCAGCUACCUUCGAAAUAAGAAGGGGUGCCGGUUUUAACUCUAGUUUUCUCUUUGAUUCAUUUUUUAUAUAUUUUCAUGGAAGGGAUGUUCUAUAAACCCCAUUUGGCACUAGGAAACAACAAGAGCUUGUUUUGAUGUAUUCUUGAUGACUCAAUCGAUAUGCAAUAUUCUGCAAGAUUGCUUU